UUCACGUUCUCGUUUGUCGACGCUCCUUGGAAACAUGUCGGCAUCUGAGCCAGCGACAAAGGAGUCUCUAGAAGGAAAUGUCUCAGAGUCUAUUGCUGGGGAAAGUCACAUCAAGCACGAUAAUACAGACGUCGCCAUGGAUACUUCUGACAGAAAAACGGAGCCAGCGGGUGGGGUAACUCAGGUGUUGAGUUCUCAGCAGCUUGGAAGGGAUGCACCCAAAGAUGGGGAGGAUGGAGCCCCCUCCCCACUUAACAAACCAGCUGCCGGAUAUGGAGUCAAAGCCGUACCAGUGACCUCCUUGUUGUCUUCCUCUGCUUCUACAUCUUUGACGCUGUCCCCAGGCCGAGCAAAGAUGAGUGUUUCUGGGCCUGUUAGUAGUAAACCUGUCCUGCCAUCUCCACCUCCAUCUUCCUCCUCUCCCUCUGUCUUAUCGGAUCCACCCAAAAUCCAUCGGGCACGUAAAACAAUGACCCGGCUACCACCAAUGCAGAGAAGUCACACUGACACACCUGCUGCACCUGUGACUCCAUCUGGGUCAUCCUCUGACACCGAAACUGUUGCAAAAAAGAGAAAACUUGGCAAUUUAUCUGCCAGCUCUCCUGAGAAGUGGGAGAGCUUUUCUGACAACAUGCAAAAAGCGUUUGAAGAUGCUGACGGAGCAGCAAGGCGGCAUGUUGAAGACACAGAGGGAUCAGCGAUCAUGUCAAAUCAUGGAUCAGAUUCUGAAGCACAGAGAGACACACUAAUUCAGAGCAAGUCUCGAGAGUUUCCAUGGAAACAGGCAGAUCAGGCAAAAGAUAGAAUCAGCGCUGAUGUGUUGGAGACAGUCGGAGCUGGAAUGUCCGCUGAGUACACAGAAGUUCCUUUAGAUGCGCUGAAUAUCGCUGCUGCUGACAGCCUGACACUGUCACCUCAUCAUGAGGGAAGCGAUGGAGGGGACACAGAGCGGCUGGAGGAGCUUCCCCUUUGCAGCUGCAGAAUGGAGGCACCAUGUGUUGACAGCAUCAACCACCGUGUCAGCAGACAGUGUAUGGCCACUGAGAGCAGCAAUGGAGAGCUGAGGGCUUGCACCAAUGUGACGACCAAAGGAGAGACCAUGCGGCCCUCUAGCCGGGUGCCACUUAUGGUGCUUUGUGACACCCAUCGCUCACACAUGGUGAAACACCACUGCUGCCCUGGUUGUGGCUUCUUUUGCAUAGCAGGAACAUUCCUCGAGUGCUGUCCGGACCAGCGCAUCGCCCACCGCUUCCAUCGAGGGUGUGUGACAGUACUCAGUGGUGGGCGGAGCAGGACAAAUGGUGGAAUGCUUUUCUGUCCCCACUGUGGUGAGGAUGCCACUGAGGCUCAAGAGGUCACCAUCCCUUCAUUCAGCUCAGCAACAGCUUCCGCAACCAUGGUCGUCACCAUGUCAGCAUCCUCCACCACAACACCGUCUCUUCCGCCGUCUGUCCCUACGGCGCCCUCUCUCACUGCCUCCACUGGAGGGAUGAAAGACGGGAAGAUGCCUGAAAGGCCCGUCAGUGCACGUAUGCGCAGCCAUGGAGUGGCGACACUAACAGUGGAGCAACAGCAACCGGCCCAACCUGUGCCCUCAACUGGAUCCGCCACCACCGUGCCUCCUCCUGAGGAGGGAGUGGACAGCGUCGGGCCGUCUGUGUGUAUGCCAAAUGGGAAGCCUGUUAGCCCCAGUGCUCUUCCACCAGGACCCAGUAGGGCGGCUCUACAAAAGGCUAUUCUCACACAGGAUACCGAAAGGAGAAAGAAACUGAGGUUCCACCCCCGUCAGCUCUACCCUGCUGCAAAACAAGGCGAAGUGCAGAGAGUUCUGCUCAUGUUAAUGGAGGGCAUUGAUCCCACAUACCAACCUGACUCUCAGAACCGGCGCUCUGCUCUGCAUGCUGCCGCUCAAAGAGGUCUGUUGGAAGUCUGCUAUAUACUUCUGCAGGCCGGUGCACAAAUUGACGCUCAGGACAAAGACCUGAGAACGCCUCUUCUGGAAGCCAUCGUCAACAAUCACACACAGGUGGCUCGAUACCUGAUCCAGAAUGGCGCCUGUGUCUACAAUGUUGAAGAGGAUGGAUAUACUGGGCUCCACCAUGCAGCCAAACAGGGCAACCUAGAAAUUGUCAACAUACUCCUGGAGACAGGACAGGUGGAUGUAAAUUCACAGGACAACGGUGGUUGGACGCCAAUCAUCUGGGCUGCAGAACACAAACACGUGGAGGUGAUCAAAGUGCUGCUGAACCGAGGAGCUGACGUCACCAUCAAUGACAAGGAGUUGAAUAUAUGUCUCCACUGGGCAGCGUAUGCAGGAAAUGUGGAUAUCGCAGAGAUGGUGUUGAACGCUGGUUGUUCCCUUGCGUCAGUAAACGUGCAUGGUGACACGCCACUCCACAUUGCUGCCAGAGAAGGAUACUUGGAAUGUGUUACGUUGUUUCUCUCCAGAGGUGCAGAUAUUGACACAAUGAACAGGGAAGGAGACACACCUCUCACGCUUGCACGCCCCGACACACCAGUAUGGGUUGCACUCCAGAUCAACAGGAAGAUACGAAGGGGAAUAACCAAUCGCAUGCUUAGGACAGAAAAAAUUAUAUGCAGUGACAUUGCCCAGGGCUAUGAGAACGCUCCCAUUCCAUGUGUAAAUGCAGUAGAUGAUGAAGGCUGUCCUUCAGACUACAAAUACGUUUCAGAGAACUGUGAAACAUCAGCAAUGAACAUAGACCGUAACAUCACGCAUUUACAGCACUGCGGCUGCACAGAUGACUGUUCCUCUAGCAACUGCCUCUGUGGGCAGCUCAGCAUCCGCUGCUGGUAUGACAAGGAUCAACGGUUGCUUCAAGAGUUUAACAAGAUUGAACCUCCCCUUAUAUUCGAGUGCAACAUGGCCUGUUCUUGUCACCGCACAUGCAAGAACAGGGUGGUACAGGCUGGCAUCAAAGUUCGCCUCCAGCUCUACAGGACAGAGAAGAUGGGCUGGGGCGUUCGAGCACUGCAGGAUAUUCCCCAGGGAAGCUUCAUCUGCGAAUAUGUGGGCGAGCUGAUCUCAGAUGCAGAAGCAGAUGUUAGAGAGGAUGACUCUUACCUUUUUGACCUGGACAACAAGGACGGGGAGGUGUACUGUAUUGAUGCCCGUUACUAUGGCAACAUCAGCCGCUUCAUCAACCACCUUUGUGACCCUAACCUCAUCCCAGUGCGUGUGUUCAUGCUGCACCAGGACCUGAGAUUUCCGCGUAUCGCCUUCUUCAGCUCCAGAGACAUCCUAAGUGGCCAAGAGCUCGGGUUUGACUAUGGAGACCGCUUUUGGGACAUUAAGAGCAAGUACUUUACCUGUCAGUGUGGCUCGGAGAAAUGCAAACACUCUGCAGAAGCCAUUGCUUUGGAGCAGAGCAGAUUGGCUCCACUGGAGGCCAGUCCCGAGUCAGGAGCGGACUGUGGGUUGACUAUUCCCGGGAUUUAACAACAGAAAUAAAAAUGUCUUUCAUAUCAUAUUGUUUUCUAAUGUUCGGUGCUUUUUACUCUGUUCAGUGACACAGUAAUACAUUUUUUUCCCCGAAACCACAAGUUGUUUUGCAAAGCCUGCAUUAAUUUCCUCCUUACUAAAACAACAUGAAACAUUUAUGUAUAUUGAAACACCAAUUUUGAUUACAUACUGGAUGCUUUUUGUUGAACAAUUUACAUUUGACAAAACUGACUUGAGCAUUAAUACAUAUUGUAUAUUUUCUGUUGUGCCAAGAAUCAAACUGCAGUUGUUUUUUUUACACUCUGGGAAACCAGACAACCUCUGACCUAGCCUGAAUUGGAGGAAUAGUGUAUCCAUUUGUUAUGCAUUUUACUUUAUUUUUUUAUGUUUUAGCAUGUAAAGUAAUAAAUUUGGAGAACAUGUUUUCACAUUGAAUCCUACAA